AUGGACGGAGGAAGAAAUAAAAUCUUUUUCAUUAAAACCUUAGCUGCUUUUACGUAUUUAAUAUGGCCUUGCAUAUAUAAAUAUGAGUUCACGACUUUUUGUAAAUCAAUAGAUAAUAAAAUUAGUAAAAACAAAUCAUUAAACGGAAGGGCAAGUAGAUUAUUAUUUGAAAAAAUAAAAGCUCACGACGAACAAGUGUAUACUAUUCUAAAAGAUAAGAUAUUAGAUAUAAAUAGAGAUGCUAACAAUUUUAAAGGACAAUUAAAAAAAAUAAAAACUGAUAAUAACAUAUUACAUAAACCAUAUAAAAAAUAUACACAUGAUAAUAAUUAUAAAGAACGACGAAGAGAAAGAAAUUUUGAUAUUAACUUACUUCAAGAACCAUAUAAAAAAUACACACAUGAUAAUAUUUUUGAUGAACACAUAAGAGAAAGAAAUACUGAUAAUGAUAUUCUUAACGAUUCAUAUAAUAAAUACACACAUAAUGAUAGUUUUCAAAAAUCAUAUAAUUCUAUAAAUGCUUUUGACAUUUUUAAACAAAUCUACGAUAAAGUUAGAUAUAGUCAUAAUUUUAAAAAAUUAUGUAAAAGAUUAAAUAUUUAUGAUAAAAUUAAAAAGACAUGGAAUAUAUACAAAUUUUUACUUAAUUCUGAAGAACCAAAUAUAGAACCUCAGUUCCAUAGGAAAGAUAAAAAAUUAGAUAAUUCAUCAAAAAUUGAUGAUCACAAUGAUAUUGAUAAGGAUGAGACAGCUGGUACAUUAAAAAAUUAUAAUGAUGUAGAUGAACGAUUUCUGAAAUUAAACAAACAAAUGAUUAUUGCCAUUAAAUUCUUUAAUUCAUAUAUAAAACCAGUUUUAAAGUUUAUACUUAAGUAUAUAAAGAAAUAUGAUCGAAUGUAUGAAAAAGCAGUUAUAAAGGUAUUUACAAAAUAUCAUAUAACUCGUAGUGAUAAUGAAGGUAUCAUUUUAAAAAAAAUAAAGAGUCAUCUUAUGGUAGUUUAUCCAAUUAUAUCAUAUAGUUUGUAUACCAUAGUGCUUCAUUUACUCGAUUACGAUAGUUUUACUGUUGGUAGCACAGGAGCAAUGCUUGCAGGUAUUACAGUAUACGUAUUAUAUAAAAAUAUAAAAUACUAUAAUAUAUGCAAAAAUUACGGAACAUACGAGGAAGUGAUAACUUCAUUAGGUUAUCCCCUAACAACCAAAAAAAAAAAAAGGCAUUUUUGGAAUUUUUUUAUUUGA